AGUCCCAGAGAUGCAAGCUGCGGGAGUAAGUAAGAGGAGAAGGCGUGCCAGAUGACUGAGUUCUCUUACACAGGACAUGUGAGACGGCCGGCAGGGGACAGUGAACCAGCUCCAGCCUUCAUGCAGGAUCCCAAUCAUCCCCCAAUCAUGGGGAUGUAUUAUUCUUCUUAGAAGAAAAUGUGGUCCAACAAUGAUUACUUAAAUUAACAUUGAUGGAAUUGCCUGAGGUUGAACACAUGGAUUGCUGCGUCAGCCUGUGGCUCGUCUUACUCCCUCUGUAGAGAAUGUAAGAUCACUUUCCACUCUAAUAAAUAAUUUAAUGAAGCAGUUUUAGGGUUUCACAUAAUUGACAGAAUGAUGGUGAAAGUAAAGCACUGGAGGUCUAUGUGCAAAGGGCUCGUCUUGGGUACAUUCCUGACCAGCUGCAUGAUCCUGCUGUACUGCCUGUCUAUGCCACAAGUCCACAUCAGUUUGCCUGACAUGCCUGUGCCUUAUUCCUGUGCCCAUCGCCCAUCUCAUCUUAAUCCCAGAUUGACCAGUAAUACCUCUGAGCUAAGUACAAGUCAGACAUGCUCUCCCAAAGUGGACAUUAUGUUCAUGAAGACCCACAAAACAGCCAGCAGCACUUUUCUCAACAUACUUUUCCGCUUUGGAGAGAAGCAUCGACUCAAGUUUGCUUUCCCAAAUGGCAGAAAUGACUUUUUCUACCCUUCCUUUUUUGAGCGCUCCCAAGUCAAAGACUAUAGUCCUGGAAUGUGUUUCAACAUUAUUUGCAAUCACAUGCGCUUCAAUGCACCUGAGGUCUCUAAGGUGCUCCCAAUGGAUACUUCAUACAUCACUAUUUUGAGAGACCCAGCAGAGCUUUUUGAGUCUGCUUUCCAUUACUUUGGGCGAUUAGCACCUUUCACCUGGAAGAUACUGGGUGAUGAUAAGAUGUCUGAGUUCCUAUUCAACACUGCUCACUAUUUUGAUCCAAAUGGUUUCAACUCUUUCUACCUCAAGAAUCUGCUGUUUUUUGAUUUUGGAUUUGACAACAUGCUAGAAGUGACUGAUCCGCAAGUAGCAGAAGGAAUUAAAUUUAUCAGUGACCGUUUUCAUCUGGUCAUGUUAGUGGAGUAUUUUGAAGAGUCUCUCAUUUUACUAAAGGAUGCCCUCUGUUGGGAAAUAGAUGACCUGGUUUUCUUUAAGCUCAAUGCACGCAAAGGAUCCACUGUGUCCAAACUAACUCCUGAACUCAGGGCAAAAGCACUUGAGUGGAACGCCAUUGACUGGAAGCUUUACCAGCACUUCAACAAAACCUUCUGGACCAAAGUGGACUCAUAUGGACGGCAACGCAUGGCCCUUGAUGUGGCUGAGCUCAGGAGGAGGAAUGAGGAGAUGACAAAGAUCUGCAUUGAGGAUGGCCAGGCUGUGGAGGCAGGCAGGAUCCAUGAGACAGCCAUGCAACCCUGGCAGCCCAUUGGAGAGAAAUCCAUUAUGGGUUACAACCUGAAACACAAUGUGGACAAGGCAAAUCGAAAAUUGUGUCGAAAAAUGUUGACGCCUGAGAUACAGUACUUGACAGAGCUUGGUGUUAAUCUGUGGAUCACUAAACUGUGGGGACAUGUUCGAGAUAUCAUAAACUGGUGAACAACAUUAGAGGGAGCAGUUGACUGAAUGUAGGAAUGGAGAGAACUAAACCUCGUGAUCCAUCUAAUUUCAGACAACUGUAUUAUAAUUUUAAAAUAAUUUGUUGUACUUUAAGUGUUAAUACUGGUUGACACAUUUUCUUAAUCUAUUGCAUAUAAUUUAAUAAAACUGUUACCAUGAACACAUAAAGCUUAUAUAACAAAUUGAUGUGGUAUGCUUUAAUUUGCUUACCUCAUGCGUUUGUAGACUAUUAUGUUUUUCUUAGUUCAUUCCUCUCAACCAGUAUCUAUAAUGUUCAAAACUUUAUGAUAGUAUUCUCUAAACCAAAGGGCCUAAAUAGACGUGACACUAUUGAAUGUGUGCUAACAAUACCACUAUGUUGGAAUAAACCUGAAUACUGUUAGGAUAAAUACUCUGCUUAGAGUGUUGUCACUACUGCUAUAGCUAAUUAUUGUACUGAACUGAUGUGAGAACAGAGUGGCUACCUGAUAAAAAUGCUCAAAAUAAUGAGAAUAAGACACAACCCUAUGGAAGGAUGCUUGAUGCAUGUACAAGUAUUGCUUUCUAAUCAGGGGCAGUGCCAGGGGGAGGCUUAAGGGGCACUAGCCUCCCCUAGAAUGGUCAUUGCACCCCCAUAGCACUCCCAAAAAUUUGCCACACUUUCAUAGUACUUCCAGUCUAUGGAUAUCCUAUGGAUAAUACCUGGACGACUGAGGGAUUGUACAGACAUCUAAAUGAAUGUGUUAAGUGAGCACCCACAUUGAAGACCUGAGCACCCCUCUUCCAACCAACAAUAUCUGUCAUCGCCCCUGUUUCUAUUUUAUAAGUAAAUUCUUCUCUGGACAUAAUGACUGCUUCAAGUGUAUUCUUUGCUUAGGCAGACUAAUGAACAUGAGAGGAAAGGGCUUUCCCCCCCAACAAUACCAUAGAAAUAUCUUGAUUUAUCUUGUUUCAGUGAUUACAUAAAACACAUGUAUUUAACGUUCAGUGUCAUAGAGCACAGUAUACAACACUGCAUACAGUAUGUAAUCAAGACGAUAUGUUUUCAUAUUAAUUUAUCAUCUACUUUUCAUGCCGGAUCAUUAUUUCACGUGUAUUCAUACUAUACACUAUAGUGUCUAAACCUAUAUACAAAUCUUUUGUCUUUUGUCAGCCAGGUAAUGAAGCCUGGAAAGGCAGUGAUUUUACACCUUUUAUUCAAAACACAGUAAAGCUUUGUCACUUAAUGUGCAAGUUUAUUUUGCAAUGCUAUCUUGUCAUGUAUGGAUUAUAUGAUAAUAAAACAAUUAUUUUCU